AAAAGACGUAAAAGCAUUAGAGAGAGAAAGAAGAGAGAGAGAGCUGGACUGGUGCACAAAAGCGCACGGUAAUGAUGUCUGCGAGUGAUGGGUGAAGGGUGCUUUUCUCUGCUUUUUAACGCCGACGACGACGGCGAAAGAGAGAGUGGAAACCAAAGAAACGUCGCCGGAAAAGAAAAAGAAACGUUGUUGAGAGAGAAAAGAAGGAUAUACGGGAAAAGGGAGAAAAGAGAGAAGAGAGAAGGGUUUAGUGAGAGAGACAGUGACGAAGUUGCGUGUCUUAGAGGUCACUCCCGCCUUGUUUGACUGAGUCUGGAGUCUACAUUCUCGAAUCGUCACGGAGGAAUAUCCAAGAGAAACGUCACCGAAAAUCACUGUUGUUGAGAGAAAAAGGUAAGAUCAAAGAAGGGUUUAGUGAGGGAGAGUGACGAAACUCGAAAGUUGCGUAGGUUGAGAGGGCUCUGCCGCCCUUCCUUGUUUGACCGAGUCUCGACUCCUUACGGAGGAUUACUGCCUCGGAUUUCAUUAUCGAAGAGAAAGGAAGUGUAGAAAAAUACUCUGCUUCAAUAUUUAUUUAUGGAUUGGAUAAAUUUCUUAUGGGUUUUCUGUCUUCGUUCCUCAACGCCCAAGUUCGAGUUUUGGUUUUUUUUUAGGGUUUCGAUGAAUUAGGGUUUGCUGAAUUCACUCAGAAGAUGAUGAUAUCAAGAGGGCUCUUCGGCUGGUCUCCGCCGCACAUACAACCGUUAACACCGGUUUCGGAAGUAUCGGAACCCCCUGAGUCUCCGUCGCCAUACUUGGAUAACAAUGAGGCAGUGCCCGUGGAGGAUGAAGAGGGGAUUGAGGAGUCAGAGGAGAUCGAGCCGCCGCCGGCUGCGGUUCCUUUCUCGAGAUUGUUUGCUUGUGCCGAUGGCUUCGACUGGGUUUUGAUGGUUGUUGGUUCUUUAGCUGCUGCUGCUCAUGGGACGGCCCUUGUUGUUUAUUUGCAUUACUUUGGAAAGGUUAUUCAGAUACUUGACUGGCAUAAACCUUCGGGAGGUUCGGAAGAGCUAUUUCAGAGAUUUACGAAGCAUGCUUUAUACAUUAUCUAUAUAGCCUCGGGUGUUUUUGCUGCUGGGUGGAUUGAGGUCUCAUGUUGGAUUCUGACUGGAGAGAGGCAGACUGCAGUCAUCAGGUCAAAGUAUGUCCAAGUAUUACUCAACCAGGACAUGAGUUUUUUUGACACGUAUGGGAACAAUGGUGACAUUGUGAGCCAAGUACUGAGUGAUGUGCUGCUCAUUCAGUCUGCUCUUAGUGAGAAAGUUGGAAACUAUAUCCAUAACAUGGCAACGUUUUUUAGUGGUCUGGUGGUUGGAUUGGUCAACUGUUGGCAGAUUGCACUCAUCACAUUAGCGACUGGGCCAUUUAUUGUUGCUGCAGGAGGAAUAUCAAAUAUAUUUCUUCACAGGCUUGCAGAAAAUAUUCAAGAUGCAUAUGCUGAAGCCGCGAGCAUUGCUGAGCAGGCAGUCUCUUACGUUAGGACCUUGUAUGCAUUCACAAAUGAAACAUUGGCCAAGUAUUCUUAUGCCACUUCACUCCAGGCAACACUGAGAUAUGGUAUACUGAUAAGUCUGGUGCAAGGUCUUGGACUUGGAUUUACAUAUGGACUUGCAAUAUGUUCUUGUGCUUUGCAACUUUGGGUUGGAAGGUUCCUAAUUUCACAUGGAAGAGCCCAUGGUGGUGAAAUUGUGAUAGCCCUCUUCGCUGUGAUUUUGAGUGGCCUUGGUCUAAAUCAAGCAGCAACAAACUUCUAUUCAUUUGAGCAAGGGAGAAUUGCUGCUUACAGGCUUUAUGAGAUGAUAAGCCGUUCAACUUCUUCUGUUAAUCAGGAUGGAAAUAUUUUAGCAUCUGUGCAAGGCAAUAUUGAAUUCCGGAAUGUUUAUUUCAGCUACCUGUCUCGCCCUGAAAUCCCUAUCUUAAGUGGCUUUUACCUAACUGUACCAGCUAGAAAAACUUUGGCCCUUGUUGGCAGGAAUGGGUCAGGAAAAAGUAGUAUAAUUCCUCUCAUGGAACGGUUUUAUGAUCCUACAUUAGGAGAAGUACUUCUGGAUGGUAAGAACAUUAAAAGCUUGAAACUGGACUGGUUGAGAAGCCAAAUAGGACUUGUCACCCAGGAACCUGCCUUGCUAAGUUUGAGCAUUAGGGAUAAUAUUGCUUAUGGACGGUCCAAUGUUACUUCUGAUCAGAUUGAAGAAGCUGCUAAA